CUCAUGGACCUUAACUGGAGCAAUCUGCCAAGAAUUUUGGAGCUGGCGAGCUGGAGCUGGAGCUCCGGGAAGCUCAGCCACACAGCGCACGUGACAGUCAUCACCCAUUGACGUCAUGGCAGCGAGAGCGGGUGUUCCUGCUAAGAACUGACGGAAGGGACGAUACUUGGCAAGGUAUAGAGCUCUUUCUGCUUCUGCCAGUGCUGUUUAUUAUCUCUCUUUCCCUACUAGAAUAAUUAAAAUGCUAUUCUCUCCAUAGUUUGAGUGCACCAUAUAACCCACCAUCCAGAAACAGACGUCGAAAUGAGCUACGCGUUCCGUCGCGUAUGCCUGCAACUCCCUGCCAGCUUCGGGCCUAAGCAUGGUCCUCUACGUCAAGCUUUCCGCCCAGCCGGACCCGGCAUUAUCACAAGACAGAUCCCGGUGAACAGACGCGCGUUUGGGCUCUCCACGAGACGGCAAGGCGACCUCGACGAUGCCAAGGCCAAGAAGACCAACCAAGAUGACAUGAGCAGGGAGGAGGAAAAGGAGAAGCUGGAGCGUGACGAGCAGAUCGCUUUGAGAAAACAAGAGGAAAGGCCAUGGCACCGCGCUGGAGAUGAGGUUGAGCAGCGGGAGUCGUCCAAAGAUCCCACAAAUGGCGAUAAGACCCGCGGACGACUACUCACAACACCAACGAGGCUCUUGAAGCUCAUCUUGCCGUUGCCGUUCCACGCAGAGCAGGCACGAAAUAUUCAGACUACCAGAGAAGAAAAGGACGACGACGACAGGGAUCAGAUCGCCCCGCUUGCCCUCCUCGUCCACCCUCAGCAGCCGCUAUCUUACCUCGAGAGACUCCUUCAAGCUGAAAUUCCACCUAUCGAUGAUGGUCGCCGCGAAAGAAUCCCCAAGAUAUACUUCCGAGCAGAGGCAGAUCACCAGGAUGGCAAGGAUGACAAGAGUGCAUCGCAGAAGAAAGAGGGCAACGUCGCCUCUUAUUCGGGUCUAGGUCACAAGGGUCCGAAGAAGGAUCGCGAUGACACGAACUGGGUCAGGUGGAGUAGCAGUACCGAGGUCGGCGACUUCAUUCGAGACGCAGCCCGUGGUCGAGAGUUCUCGAUUGGCAUCGAGGGCUACAAACAGGAGUUACGUGUAGCUGUGCCGAGCUUCAAUGACCGCACAUACUACAUGCGCGUUCGACUACGAAGAAUGUCUCGCCGCGUCGAAGAGUUGGCGAAGCUCAAGCAAGAAUGCGACACCCUCGCGCACCGUGGAGCGCAUCGCAUGGCACAGGGAGGAUUCGGCCUCCUCGCCGGUUGGUGGGGAAUCGUGUACUAUGUGACCUUCCACACCGAUGCCGGCUGGGACCUCGUCGAGCCGGUGACAUACUUGGCUGGCUUGUCGACCAUCAUGGGUGGUUACCUGUGGUUCUUAUACAUCAGCAAGGAUCUCAGCUACAAGGCGGCCUUGAACAUCACCGUCUCCAAGCGACAACAGGCGCUGUACCAGGAGCGCGGCUUCGAUCCUUCGGCGUGGGAGGCGCUCGUCCACGAAGCCAACUCGCUGCGUCGUGAGGUCCGCUUCGUGGCGACUGAGUACGAUGUCGACUGGGAUGAAACAAAGGAUCUUGGCGGCGAGGAAGUAAUGGAAGUUCUAGACAAAGAGAAGAAGGGGAGACGCAAAAACGACGAAGACGAAGACGAUGCAGAAGAGGAGCGAGCAGAGCAUAAACGCAAGGACGACAAGAAGAAGGAAGAUGAUGAUAGGACCGAGAACAAGACGGCAUCAUAGCAAGUUCCUAGAACCUUUCCAAGUGUGAUACCCCUGUACAAAUAUAAUUGCCACAUUCUAGCAUGAUUAAAGCAGGCAUAUUCCAGAGCCUGAAGAGCGCACGAGGCCCUGUAAUUGCUCUUGUCGUGACCCUGUGGCUCGGUAAUGGCAGUUGGUUGGCCGUUUCGCUGAAGAGGCAUGCAUGUGCUGAUCGUGUGCCUUGCGACCAAGGAAGCAUAUCGGAUGUCAGGAGACUUGUCGCGUGGUGAGGUGGUAUUUCUCCAGAGUCAGAUCGUGGGGAUCGAUCACUAGUUGUCUGAGGGAAGAUUUUCUCAUGCUAUUGAGCCCCA